GCUGGACCCGGCCGGCCGAAGCCACACAGAGAAGGAUUAGUUCUUGCUUCAAGAACUCCUCCGCGGGAUGCGCGACUUUCAGUUGGGAUCAAGAACUCAACUCGGACGGACGCGAUCGCUCGGAUGUGGAAGAAGUUGGGUGAUUUUGUCCAAUUUUGAGAAGAAAAAAGUUUUACCAGUGAAGCCAGUGAAAAUGGGUGAUUUGAUAGUGGGCAGCUCGACGAACGAUUUGGGCGCGGCGGAUUUCUAUAAGGAUUCGGUCGUUCUGAUCACGGGAGGGACAGGAUUUAUAGGGAAAGUGUUGGUUGAAAAGCUGCUGCGGUGUUUUGAUGUGAAGAAGAUUUACUUGUUGCUUCGUGAGAAGCGAAAUGUGCGAGCCAAGGAUCGGCUGAAGGAAAUUUUCCAGGAACCGAUUUUCAACGUGAUCAGAAAUGGCCAUUCGAAUCCGGCAAGUGUGUUCGCCAAAGUGAAUGUGAUCGAAACGAAUUUUCAAAAUGAGAAGAUCAUUAGUGCCCAAGACAAGGAGUUGCUACUAUCGGAAGUCACAGUCGUUUUCAAUGUGAUGGCUUCGGUGAAAUUCAACGAGAGCAUCGAGUCCGCUCUGGAUACCAACGUAGUUUGUUCCCGGAAGUUGUUCGAUAUUGUGGGUCAGAUGACAGGUGUACGAUCGAUCGUACACGUGUCCACAUUCUAUUCCAACUGCAAUCGACCGCGGAUAGAAGAGCAAAUUUUCGACGAUAUACCUUUCGGUGGCUACAGUAAUGUGUUAGAGAUUCUAAGUCAUCUGAAAGACACCGAAAAGGCGCAACUGACUCCUUCGAUUCUGGGAACGAUGCCCAACAGUUAUACCUUCAGCAAGAAGUGUGCUGAAGCCAUGAUCCAGCAACGGUACGCCCACCUGCCAAUUUGCAUAUUUCGUCCGCCUGUGGUAACGUCUGCCUACCAGGAGCCGAUUCCCGGUUGGGUGGAUAAUUUCAACGGAAUCUCCGGCAUGUGUGUUCCGAUGAUUCAGGGAAAAUUCUACUGCUGCAUGGCAGAGCGGGAGAUUCCCAGCCAUACGGUACCGGUGGAUUACUGUGUGGCGGCACUGUUGGCCGUGGGAGCUGAAACGGCUAGCAGCAGAGUUGCAGGAACUUCAAGUGAGCGGAAAGCAGUUCCUGUGUACAAUUAUGCAACCGAUGCGAACAACAUUAGGUGGGGUGACUUCGGGAAAUGGAUCUCAAAGGGAUGCGAGACACGGUUGGGGCGCUUUUUUGGGCGCUACGCCCUGGUCCUGACCAGUUCUCGCUUCCUUCGGCAGAUGUUCGUUUGGUGGUUCAUACUGCAAGCCGUUGCUGCAGAUUUGCUACUGAUGGUAGUGGGAAAGAAACGACAAAACCUCCGAUUAGUGAACCGGGUGUUCGCCCUCGAGGACGCCGCACGCUACUUCGCCAUGCACGGAUGGACCGUCCAGAACGAUAACAUGCGCCGGGUGCUGAAUCGAUUAAGCGACAAGGAACGGUCAUUGCUGCAGUUCGAUAUCGAUCGGCUGGAUUGGGGUGAUUACUUUAGGAAUUUCCUGCCGGGUAUAAAAGCAGCUCUGGCUAGGAGUUAUCAGCGGAGACAGAGCAGGGGUGCUGCUUGAGAAGGGGGAUGGGGGUUGGUCAAUUGUGCUAUUUAAUGCGGAGUUUUUUUUUCGAAACAUGUUAUGGAGUAAGCAAUCAGUGAAAGAUUGUUGAUGAGUACAAGAAUUAUUUCGAUAUCA